AGGACGAGUACACGUAUUGUUUCCAUCGAUAUCGUAUCUCAGAAUCGUAUUCGAAAUUGAUCGAUGCAGUAUACAACGCUCUGUCUGUGAAAUUGCACCGAAUGGAAGAAUACCCUCCGAAGGAUGCACGUUAUUUUGAUAUUCGAUGCCGUCGAACUUGAAUCUAUCGUUUAAAAGGAAAACAGUCGUUAGAAAUCAUUAGAGUAUAAAAUACCGAUGAAACGUUUCGCUGUAUCUCCGGAUAGGUGUGGUAUUACACCUUGCUGGGCCGACUUGUAAGAGUAUCGUUUAUUCUUAAAAAGUGACUAAAAUUCCAUUCUGUUUGUUUCAACGAUGGCAAAACUUCUGUGCUUCUUUGCUCUCAUCGUUUUAACCGUGCAUGGACAAGAGAACGCGCACAGAAAUCUUUCGCCGUCUCUUCGAGAAUGUUACGAGAACAAAUAUCUUUUAACGAGAGAUAAUAGAUUACCGCAUACUUUCGAUACGUUCGUUUCGAUACUUCGCAAAAUCGAAAACACGGAAGGACUUAACAUGGAUUUAAGAAGUUUAUCCGUUGCGCUUUUACAUCGAUUCCGACAAGAUGGAAUUGCACCGAAUCCUCGUGUAAAUAUUCAAGAUGGUAUAACACCUUACGCACCGAUAUCUUACCAAUUUUUUCGUCACGCUCAAACUCUGCGUCUUAUACCAGGGAACGCUAUGUUAUUUCCUAAUAACAGUAUCACGGAUGUUGAAAGAUGUACGUUACAUUUCAUGUUAUCGAGUACUAUCGAUAUUUUUGAAAGAGGAGACGAAGCAGAAGUUUGUAGAAUCACGAAUGCGAAAAGAUCUGUAAGAGCUACGUCGAUGGAUAAUAAAGCUGCGACUAAAAGCACUAUCAACGAUGUAGAAACAUUGUCGUCCGAAGAAAUAAAAACCAUGACUCACCGUAAAGAUAAAGAUGCUCGGGUGACCGUCGAUCCAAAUUCCUAUUAUCCAGAAUUGCCACCUAAUCAUCCGGAUAUUGCACGACUGAGUAGUUUACCGCCGCUUAGCAAAUGUCCUGUAGAAAAUGGAGUCGUGAAAACUCGAUGGGGUACGGUUUCUCUUGGUUCGGUACUCGCCGGUAUAGCUGCAGCUACGCAACCCGAAAUAACCACUCUCAGAGAUUUACAACCGACUACGUUGCAAAAAAACAAUACGAACAUAUCGGGAUUGACUUUGGAUAACAAAUGGAUUGCCACUUUAGCUGGAGAUUUGGCGGAGGUAGCUUUAAGACAAGGCCCUACUCAAGAUUCGACGGAUAAAUUGAGUAUCGGAGCAACCGGUAACUGGAAUUCUACCGCUUUGCCGCGUUGGUAUUUUUUGACGACCAACGAAAAGACUGAAAUGACCACGGCAGAAAUCAGAGGAGAUUUGGAUGGCUUGAUCUUGGCUCGUGAAAUUAGUAAAUGGUAUUCUAGAAUACCUAGUUUGAGACUUUCGCAAAUAUUCGAUAUGUAUUACAGCCCGUUGGGCUUCUUUGAUUCUUCCGUUAGAGCAUGCGACCGAAGAACAUUAUUCACGUCCGUUGCACCGAACGAAACGAUGGUUGCGCAGACGUACAGUGCUGCUUUAUUGUUAGAUUCUUCCAUAGCACAAGCUACAAUAGAUAAUACGAAAAUAGAGAAACUUUCGGUACAAGCUGUGAACGAGCUGGCAAGAUACGUACCUUUGUCGAUGAAUAACGAUCCAUCGUGUAAGACGACGAACACGUUAUUUGAUCUGAAUCAAAUAUCCGUUGAUUUGACAAUCAUUCUGGAUACAAAUUGGAAUUUUUCCGAGAUAAAACCUAUUCUUGCAACCUUAUUAGAAAGCUUGGAAAUCAAUCAGUUCAAUUCUAAUUUCACUUUAAUAAAUGGACAGGACGGAACUCCGAUGAUUAAUAGUACCUAUAACAUUUUAGAUUUUCACGGUUAUAAUUCGUCGCAUUAUCAAAACAUUACUCAUGGUAUUAAUUUACCGAAAUCACUGGAUAAAUUAAAUUGGUACUUGAAAAAUAAACUGGAGGAUGAACGCAAACACGACGGUGGUGCAAGAUCUAACGUUGUCUUGAUCAUUCCACAUGCUUCAUAUAUUUCCAUAAACGACAAGGAAUACUGUUUACAAACUAUUUCACGAAUGCGAGAACAAAUUCCGGAUACGGUAUUACUUAUUGCAACGUAUGGCUCGAAAGAUACCUGGUCUAAUUUGGUGAAAAAUUCCGCAACAGACUUAUUUUCUAUUAGCAUCGGAGAUACGCGAGAAGCCUUAGAACCAAUAACGAGUAUCGUUGAAAGAAUAAAACAAGUUCCGAAGCGCUUGAUCAAUACGCAAUGUGGAUCGAACUAUACCGUGAUUGGAACUUCGAAUUCGUACAGUGAUUAUAUAGUACCUUAUGGAAUUAAUUUCUACAAAUUACAUCCCAAUUACUUUUUCAACGGUGAUAACUCUGCAACGAUAAAGGUAAAAAAUCUCGAAAAAAUAUCGUUACGUAAAGAAAGAUUUUUGAACCGUUCGAAAUCGUAUUUCCAGAUUCAAGGAAGUAGUUCCGACAGUUUAACCGUAUGUUCCUCGCGGGAGCCGUUACGCGCUAAUAAUACAACGGAAACAACUAAAUCGUGUACAUCGAUAACCAACAAUGUACAUAGUAUUAAAGUAUCUUGCGCCGAUGCUGCUUUCGUUCAUGCGUGUCCACCGCUUUAUAUAUCGAUAGCUUCCAACUCUUCGAGUAGUUCGUAUCAAUGCACAGAAAAAUAUAACAAAAUGUCCAAAAAACCAGGUACAACUCCGGCAAUGCAUAAGGUUAUAAUGGUUGGUAGCGGAGGUGUUGGGAAGUCUGCCCUUACUUUACAAUUUAUGUAUGACGAGUUUGUCGAGGAUUACGAGCCUACAAAAGCGGAUUCUUAUAGAAAAAAAGUUGUGUUAGACGGAGAGGAAGUACAAAUUGAUAUUCUUGAUACUGCAGGUCAAGAAGAUUACGCCGCGAUUAGAGAUAAUUAUUUUCGAAGCGGAGAAGGAUUUCUUUGCGUCUUUUCCAUAACGGAAGACGACAGUUUUCAGGCUACUCAAGAAUUUAGAGAACAGAUUCUCAGGGUAAAGAACGACGAAAACAUUCCAUUUCUAUUAGUGGGAAAUAAAAGCGAUUUACAAGAAAAGAGAAAAGUUAGUUUGGCGGAAGCUCAAGCAAGGUCGCAACAGUGGGGCGUACCAUAUGUAGAAACGAGUGCAAAAACUAAAGAGAACGUUGAUAAGGUAUUUUUCGAUUUAAUGAGCGCGAUAGCUGCACGGAAAGCACAGGAAAAUCAGGGCGAUGGAAACGAACGUAAGAAGAAAAGAAAUUGUUGCAUUUUGCUCUAACAAUUAUAAAACGACACGUAUAACUUUCAUAAUGGAAUAUUCAACUUCUAAUUGCAAAAUCUGAGUAAGGAAAGUGUAUUUAUAUACAUAUACAUAGUGUUAUGGUAUACACACAUGUUACAUACAUAUAGUAAAGUUUUCUGACACUUUACAGUGAAUUGACAUUAAACGUAUUUGAAAUAUUUAUAUCGAAAACAUACAUUUUACAAAUCGUUUGUAACGAUUGUUACGUUAGGAGUUAUAAAAUUCAUGUUCCUUCUUGAUAACAUUGCUGAUUGAUUAAUUUAUAAUGCACGAGUGCAUACGUGUAAUCAUAAUUCGUAUGUAUUAGUAAUAAUUUGCAUCAUAAAGUAUCGAAGCUUUCAACAAAGCACAAAAUCACUUUAUAUAUUAGCGUAGGUAGUUUUUUAAUUAUUCUUAGAGUGCUGAAACAUGUACAUAAAUCGGAUAUUCAAAUAUUGUAAAUGAAAAAUGAGAGAGGAUAAAGAAUUUUUAUAUGUAUAUAUACAUAUAAAAUAUGUACAUGUAUAUAUACAUUAUACACAACUUUGUGAUUAUUUAAUGACAGCGAGCAAAAGAGUCGCUAAUAUUUAUUAUAGAAAUACUGUAAUUGAUUUUGUUUACAAAUAAAAAUAACAUAUCUUUAUUCGUGUAGUCUUGUAUAUUUUUUGAAAACCUUGAAUGAUUUCAGCACUCUUGUUUUAGUAUCUGUUAAUAAUAUUUGUUUAAACUAUUAUUUCUUAGAAGUCAUAACACUGUAAAGUAACGAAGACGCGUGACGAUUAAACUUUAAUUUGCUUGUUAUUCGUGGUAUUCUAUGUAAUAAGUUUACCAUCCGAUACAGUUUGUCGCUUCGUUAAUAAGCUGGUUUUGUAAUCGGAUUAUGUAUGUACAAUUAAUUUAAUUGUAUUUACAUGUACCACUUUAAUAUGUGGUAAAAAUUUUACCUGACUUCAAAUAUUUGCAUCCGAGUCUAGAGUAUUGUGUACCUUUUCGAUCGAUUCGUUUUUUAUAUAUUUCUAUAAAGACCAGUAAAUGUAUAUAUCUGUAAGUUCGGUCCAUUACACAAGAGUAUAUAUUUAAUAAAAUAACAAAUCAAGAAUCCCGUUAUACGAAAAAUAUCGCAUCUAUAAAUCGAUAAUAGAAUUUGACUGACUGAACACACGGUUAAUAUACUUAUCUUAAAAGACUUGAACCUCUGUGAGGUGCAUUUAUUUAUGCAGAAAUAAAAUAAGAGAAUCUUGAUAUUAUAUUUACAAUUUUAUAAUUAUAUAUACAUAUAUAUGUAUUAUUAAGAAUUGAAAUUUUAUGAAAGGAUUAUGAUUUGAAAUAUAUUUGUUAGUAACAACUACUUAGAAAAUAAGUCGUAUUCCUUGCGUAUUUCAGUUUUGAUAUUUUUGUACCGUUGAAAUUAAUUGUGCCUUUUAAGUGUUCAUCGUUAACGAAGGGAAAUUAUCGAUACGAUACAAUUCUUUCAAAGAGCUUUAUCGGGCAAUAUAGAUUUAAACAUAUAUAUUUCAUUCUAUCAUUAUACGUCGUAUAAUAUUUACGCGUGUUAAAGCCUAUUUUGCUCUGUCAGUAGUUAGAUCAUCCUGAACGAAAUUUUUGCAUCAUCGUUUGUUCGUUCGUAUACAUGCCCAUAAUCUUUUUUAAUAGAACAUUCUGUACAACUUGGAAUAUAUGUAUAUUGAUUUAUGUUAUAUAUUUUUAAACUAUGAAAAUGUAUUAUUUUAAUCGAUAAAUUAGUUAUGUAUGGAACUUUUAUGAUUGUAUCGAUACAAUAUUAUUUAUAUGUUAUUUCACCUGCACAAAAAUGUAUAAGUGUAACAAAAUUAAUGCUUGCAAUAAAAUGAAGCAAAAGGUGAUCCUAAACAUCCUA